ACAGAAACGCAAGCGAGUGCGAUCACAUAAUAAUCAUCAUCUUCUUCUUCUUCUUCUUCUACUUCAUGGAUCUGUGUUGAGUUUCCCAGCAGCGUCUUCACUGGAGCAAAUCAAGAGAUUAUAGGAAGUUCGUGGAGGCAGAAAGCUGCUCACACCUUCUGUGAUCAUGAUGCGUCUCUGAGACUUUUCCAACAAGAGGAAGGAAAACAUUUUUUAUUAUUAGCAUUGUUAUUUUCUUUUUGGUGGGUGUUCGUUUCCAUUUGUGAGCAGAGAUGAUGUUUUCCUCCGCCGGUAAGCGCUGCUUCACCAUCGAGUCUCUGGUCGCCAAAGAGAACCCUCUCACAGUCGAGGAUCCGGUGCGACCCACGGCGCUAAGUUACUCCAGCCCCGCCACAGAGGCGCUCAUGAACGGCUACCACCACCAGCCUCCGGCGGCCAGAUCGCUGUACCAGAGCCCGGAGCUGGUGUUUCCGGACACGGUCAACCAUCCGUCCCUCACCGUGGCUCCGCACCAGCUCACGCCGGCGUCACACCUGCAACACCCGCACUUCUUCGGCACGCAACACCCGCGCGACCCGCUCAACUUCUACCCGUGGGUGCUACGGAACCGCUUUUUCGGACACAGAUUCCAAGGUAACGAAGUGUCGCAGGACUCGCUGCUGCUUCACGGUCCGUUCGCCAGGAAGCCCAAGCGCAUCCGCACGGCGUUCUCCCCCUCGCAGCUGCUCAGACUGGAGCGAGCCUUCGAGAAGAACCACUACGUGGUGGGAGCGGAGAGGAAGCAGCUGGCCAACAGUCUGAGUUUGUCUGAAACACAGGUGAAGGUGUGGUUCCAGAACAGGCGGACCAAGUACAAGCGUCAGAAGCUGGAGGAGGAGGGACCCGACAGCCAGCAGAAGAAGAAGGGAAACCACCACAUCAACAGAUGGCGCAUCGCCACCAAGCAGCCCAGCUCCGAGGACAUCGACGUGACGUCAGAGGACUGAAAACAGAAAAAAAACCACAAAAAAACGUCCGUCCAACGUCCAACGACAAUUGCUGCGCUCAAAUCCGGCGUCCCCUUCCGACGCAACAGAGGACCAACACUAUUUAUUAUUGUAAUAUUAACAUUAAGUAUAAUUAGCCACAUUAGAGGGAGACACACACGGACUAAAGUAUGUGAUCACUACACACACACACACACACGUCUUCAUUCAGGUGCUUAACUCUGUGACACUGGAGAGAAGAAAAAAAUAAUCAUCUUAUUUAAUGAAUCACUGGAUGAUGAGACAAGAGAGAGACAACAAAGAAGGAGGGAGAAACAACAUCGACCUCGAUCAUAGUGUUUUGUUUUGUUUUUUUAAAUGUACAUAAGCAUCUUAUAAAGGUUGUUUUUGAAAGAGGCUACUGGUUUCAUUAAAGCUGUUUUUAACCA